AAGGUCAAUUUCACCCCGACUGGUACUUACAUAUACACAUCCUCCUUCCGUCCUCACUAUUCCAACGACCCCUUCUGGUGUCCCAAACUGACCCUUGGAAAAGAGCUCUCUUUUCCAUCAUAAUCUUCUUGGGCGAGUUCGGUGGUUCAAUGAACUGGGCGUCAUGCUGCCCAAAGUCGCUACUACAUUAAUCCAUUCGACUGGUCGUGUCGCAGCAGUUCAUACACAGUCGCAUCAUACCAUCAGGAAUGUCCUACAGCUUCCGUCUUCUUCUUCAGCAAAAGGCAACCCCGGCUCUGGCUAUUUCAACAGCAACAACAGCGGACCUCGAGGCGGAAGGUUCACGCAUGGAUACCAUGGUGCCUCUCGUGCCGUAACUCAAGCCAACCCUACAAUUGCUGUUGACGAUGGGAGUUACGUGCAGAUAGACGAACAAGAGGAAUCAGCCACGCCUUCCGCUAGCACGCCACGAAGGUCAUCCGGUCAAGCUCAACGUCCCCGAAUACGUAGUCACAGCGUAUCUCAUUCUCGGCAUGAGCACCGUUUGGGUGUCCUCAAGUCUGUUCAACAGCUUCAAGCUCAAUCCAGGCAUGUCUUCGAUGGAGAAGGUGUACGAUGCAGUAGUACAAGCAGCGCCGGUUCCGCAGAUCAACAGCCUACCGAGGAGAGCUCGGUGGAGAUGUCUGCAGGUCCACCACCACCAGCAGCUACUAGUCAUUUUGCUUCAAUAGAACCGCAAUCAUCUACCGAUCCCUCUUCUCCUCAGUCUGUUUUGCCACUAACCAGACCAAAUUCUCCUCUGCCACCCUCCUCACCUCCGUUAUCAGUUACCAAGCCCAAUCAAGCACUCCAUUUCACUUCUCCUUCCAAAGACCCGGAAUACACUACACAAGUGGUCCUUUCCUUCCUCAAGUCUCUCGAACAAACACCCACGAACCCUACCCUCCACGAUUUUAACCGCGCACUCCAGGCUCUUUAUGACUGCCGCGUUGCAGGAGAACCACUAAACCUUCUCCUGCAAACGUACAAUGCAUUGCUCUCGCAAGACCUCCAUCCUGACUUUCACACGUAUUUUACCAUGAUUCGUGCCUUCAUCGACAGGCAUGGAGAGCUCUCGCGUGCAGUCGCCCGAAUGCAUUACGACGCCAAAUGGAAAUCUCCUGCUUUGCAUCAGGUCGAGGAAAAAUUUCUGCGAAUAGAGCAGGAGCUUCAAUCCACCGUCCCAACGGCACUGUCCCUGUUCCGCGCCAUGCUCACAAUACCCUCGUCGUCCGAUCUGAUCCCUGACUUUCUUUACAAAAAUCUCCUCCGCGUGUGUGCGACCCACGGCAAUGUUCAGGGCGCCAUAACUGUAUGGGAGGCGGUGGAAACAGCAUCUUUGAGACGUGCAGAGAAGGACGGUCACUCUUUCAGGCUAGCAACACCUCACAUGUACGCCCAUCUUAUUACGGCACUGGCUAAAGGUGGCGAGAUUUCCGGCUGUAAAGAUUCCUUCGAACAAUUCAAAGAACAGUUUCCUCUCGAAAGUUUGUCCACGCCACAGCAGCAGAGGCAUGCAAUGUUGGUAUAUAAUUCCAUGAUCGACGCUUAUUUCAGGUGUGGAAUGCCUGAAAUGGCGCUGGAGACUUUAGAGGUAAUGCUUGGAUCAGAUGGAUUUAAACCGUCUAUCUCAACUUUCACGACGAUCGUUAGCGGUUUCUGUACCGGUGAAGGUCCGGUUGAUGUAGCCGUAGCUCCAAUAUCGUCUUCGGAUUCUUCGACUUCUAUGACUGGUACCCCUCCUGCAGGUGUUUCCCGUGGAGAAAAGGACUUGUCGACCGCAUUGCUUUGGUUCAACCGCCUUCUCGAACAGCCCCAUUCCCCAAGGAGUAUCCAUCCUCUUCAGCCUCUUGAGAACUCCCCCACACGUCCCGACGCUAUGGGAUGGGCUGUCAUGCUCGAGGCAUUGGUAAAUGAAGCAGAACACGAGACGAGCGUCAUAACACUCGACAAUUAUGAACAGCUCAGCAGCCAGGAUACUGGGGCUAAUGUAUUGCAAACGCUCAAUACUCUCCUUUCCAGAUGGUCUCAAACUGCAGAGGUCGACAACGUUGUGCUACCAGCCUUCUCGAAGUAUCUUGCUGCUCGAGUUAACUUGGACCGUGCCGUGCGCUUGCAACAACUCAGUUCUUCCGUCGAGCCGGCACAGCAGGCUGACGUCAAGAGGAUUGCGCUUUCACACCUCGACAUAGUAACAACUAUAAUCCCUCCCGGUGCCCAAACUCCGCUGGCCGCUCCGGGAUCUUCAACCAUAAUAAAAGGAUUAUGGGAUGUCCUCUUCACGCUCGGUGAAGUAGACAGGUGUGUCCACAUGACUUCAGAAUUAUCCAACUCGUACGAGAUUAUGGGUGCGACAAUAGCGGCGAUGGAGACACAGUUGAGCAGAGAUCCACUCCCAAAUCAUGCGAGACAGAUGGAAAUACAGACACUCAUCAGUGAAAGGGACCGAGAUUUGAUCAGGUUCAGAAACAUCGCUGUACCAUUUGUAGAGAGACUCUUCCUCUCGCCUUCUCUCAGCUUACACCAAGCAAUCGCGAUUUAUCGGGUUUGGGAAAAGUUGAAAAUGAAUUAUCUGCGAGUUAUGGACAUUGGCUUGUUGACUGCCUACUCGCGUGAGAGAAAGCAGUACCCGGAGGUCACUAUGAUACCCUCAUUAAGCGCCCUUCAGCCAACAGAUUGGGUUGCUCUUCUCGACCGAGCCACUAUUUACGGGCUGAAUCCGGAGGGUGCUCCUGAGCAGCAGAACGACGUCCUACUUGCCUUGUUGAGGGAUGCCAAGAUUAUGACCUCCCGUUUGGAAUGGGAUAUCGAAUGGCCGGCCCUGUUAAAGACAAGUCUGGUCAACGCAAUCUCGUAUGGUCGCACGCCUGGUGAGAUCAGAAAUAUCAUCCAGGAAAGCGUUCCGGAGGUGGGAGGCUUGAAGGGAUACCUUAGCAAUACCUUCGAGAGUUCCUGGGAAAGCACUGAGAGCAGUGUCGGAAGCGAGCAAGCGAGCAGUGCUCCCACUUCCCCAAUGGUGUCAUCUCAAGUUCCAGGAUUCCAGGAAGGUGACACCGACUUACCGUAUACCGAUAUCCCAGAGUCCAUGUAUAUCGACGUCAAACUCACAAAAUCUCUCAACGAAUACCUUAGCAGGCGUGUCUUGACAACCGCGAAUACUCGCCCCUUCACUGACCAGCUCUUCACUACUUUCCAUAAUCACCUCACCAAGCAACGGAAAGUUCCGUCCCCGGCCACUUUGUCUCAACUUGUAGCCGCGUUUGGCCGUGCAGGCGAGUUGGAUCGGAUAUAUUACGUCUAUCGGGUCGCUCAGAACCUACUCAAAACCAUGGAGAGGAAUAAGAAGAUGCAGAGCGAGAGCUGGUUCAUCAUUGAAGACGGAAUGAUAAUUGCUUUAUGCCAAGCUGGUCAGGCGGAAAAAGCACACAUUCAUAGGGGAAGGAUGUUGGAACAGGGUGGGGCACCCUCUGCGGAUGCGUACGGAGGUCUGGUGUUACAUGUCAAGGAUACCACGGACGACACUUCCAAUGCGAUGGAGCUCUAUCAGGAGGCCCUUUCUCAUGGCGUGGAACCCAACGUAUACCUUUACAAUAACAUUAUCAGCAAGUUAGCCAAAGCCCGCAAGGCCGACAAGGCUUUGGAGCUUUUCACAGAAAUGAAGUCCUCACGAUAUUCACCCUCACCAAUAACGUACGGUGCAGUGAUUGGUGCCUGUGCGAGGGUUGGGGACGUAGCUAGUGCGGAGACGCUGUUCAAGGAAAUGUCUAUGCAAUUGAGUUUCAAGCCUAGGGUACCCCCGUUCAACACUAUGAUGCAACUAUAUACCACAACAAAACCUGAUCGGGAGCAUGCAUUAUGGUAUUUCGAGGAGAUGCAGCGACUUGGUGUUGCCCCGACUGAGUACACGUACAAGCUUCUAAUGGAUGCAUAUGCCCUUGAGCCGAUAGAUGUCCCUGCUCUUCAAGCAACAUUCGCUACUCUCGCUGCAUCUCCACACCUCAGAGUGCAGUCGACGCAUUACGCUACCUUGAUCAGUGCCUACGGCUGCGUGUUAAAAGAUCUACAACUCGCACAAAGCACGUUUUCGUCGAUACCCCCGUCUGUGCUCGAUGCACUAGCUGUCGAAGCUUUGGUGAAUGUACUCGUCGCCCAUCGACGAAUGGACCUCGCCCCUGGAUACAUCGAGCUCAUGAAUGAAAAAGGAAUUCAUAUGACGGCGUAUAUCGUGAAUGGACUGAUCAAGGGAUAUAGUACUGUUGGAGAUGUGGAAAGGGCAAGGGAAAUAUUUGAGGGGACUGUCGAUCCUCCGGUCGGAAUGGCAGGCAUGCACAAUCACGUCGGACCACAUCUCAACGGCAAUGGUGAAGUAGUUCGACCAGCGGCUAAUACUGCGGUGGGUCCGCUAGAACCCAUUUAUCGAGAGCCAUCGACAUGGGAAGCCAUGGUUCGUGCCGAGUUAGGUGCUGGACAUCGUGACAGGGCACAUGCGCUCGUGGAGCGGAUGAAAACUAGACAGUACCCAGAAGCUGUCGUUAACCGGGUGCAAGGCAUCAUGGUUGACCAUUCGCAACUUUUGCUUUGAACGGACGAGGUGUGAUCUAGUCCCCCCCUCAUUUAGCUCACUUGUCUUAGAUCUUACACCACAACAUUACUUAAGUUAUGCCUAAACCUGAUUUAUUAAGCUGAGCGAUGAACAGGCUUUGAUUUACCUUCCAUUGAUCCAUCCCAUCUUCAUC